CAUCGCGAGAGUCGAGACAGUGUGCCCGUCCAGUGCUCUCGCGCCUUCACAUCGCCAGUGAUGGCUUCAAAAUUGAUCCCCUCCUUCCCGCGGGUCGGCCGCCAACUCAUCCCCCAGAUUUCCAAGCGACAAUGCCGCCCCUUCUCGGUUGGAUCGCAGCUGCGGAGCGAGUCUCUGUUCGUGCACCGCAAUAGCCCGCAGAACAACCCCUCGAUCCCUUUCAAGUUCAACGCUCAGAACCUCGCCCUCAUCGAUGAGAUUCUCAAGCGCUACCCCCCGCAGUACAAGAAGGCGGCUGUCAUGCCCAUUCUUGACCUUGGCCAGCGUCAGCACGGCUACACCAGCAUCAGUGUCAUGAACGAAGUGGCGCGGAUUCUGGAGAUGCCACCCAUGCGUGUGUACGAGGUUGCGACUUUCUACACCAUGUACAACCGGGAGCCGGUUGGCAAGUUCUUCGUUCAGGUUUGCACAACGACUCCCUGCCAGCUUGGUGGCUGCGGCAGUGACAAGAUCGUCAAGGCCAUCACUGAACACCUCGGAAUCACUCCUGGUCACACCACUGAGGACGGCCUCUUCACCUUUAUCGAGGUUGAGUGCCUUGGAGCCUGUGUCAAUGCUCCCAUGGUCCAGAUCAACGACGAUUACUAUGAGGAUCUCACGCCCGAGUCCACCAAGUCUCUCCUGACUGCUCUGAAGGAGUCUGCACUUGCUGCUGACAGUGGAAAGGUGGUCAAGGUUCCUGCUCCCGGUCCUCUGAGCGGAAGACAGUCCUGCGAGAACAGCGCCGGUCUGACCAACCUGCAGACCGUGGAGUGGAACCCGGAGACGAUGAUGCGGAAGGACGGAGAAAUCUAAGCGUUUUUGAUUUUUCUUAUAUCUCAUCUGGUGUAUCGGAAGUUUUCGUGUCUCUGGAAUUUUAUAUGACCGGUAGCGGAGACAGGAAGACAUUGCCGAAUGUUUAUGUACAGUACAUCUAUGCUGCAUGUUCUCUUCGUCGGAUAGAUGGGACAUGGCCGAGAACGGCAUAGUGGAGGUCGUUAUUAUGGAAACCAUAAAUUCAAUACCAACUUUAAGACUUUUAGCUCUCAUUCUACUGUUGUUUAGCCGGUAGUCUCUCUUAACUAGAGUAUGGACAAUAUAGUUAAUAUACAGGCUUAUGAAAUCAUG